AUGGGCAUCAAAGGAAUCUAUCGUGAGCUUGGGCCGGGCAGGCGAGUCUCGCUCUCCAAGCUCGCCGCCGACAGUUUUGAAACCUUGGACCGUCCCUUUCGCAUCGCUAUCGACGUAGCUAUUUGGCAGUUUCAGGCGCAAGCGGCUCAAGGCGGAACGAACCCGGCCACCAGGACGCUCUUCUACCGCCUCGUGCGGCUCCUCGGGACGCCCGUUCAGCCCAUAUUCGUCUUCGACGGCCCGAAAAAGCCGGCUUUCAAGCGAAACAAACGUUCUGGAAGAGGAGAUGGUGUAGCCACGGCGCAAGCCAAGCGCUUGAUCCGGCUCUUUGGCUUUGCUAUACACGAUGCUCCUGGGGAAGCGGAAGCGGAAUGCGCGUUGCUGCAAAAACACGGCAUAGUGGAUGCGGUGCUGAGCGAGGAUGUGGACACAAUCAUGUUUGGCUGCACCAAGACGCUUCGAAACUGGUCUGCCGAGGGCAAGAGCUCCAAAGCGCCGACGCACGUAUCGCUUUACGACGUACACGACCAAAGCAUCGCUAGCCUGGGACUCGGUCGCGAAGGCAUGGUGCUGGUGGCUCUCAUGAGCGGCGGUGACUAUCUCCCCGAUGGAAUUCCCGGCUGUGGCGUCAAAGUGGCCUGCGAAGCUGCCAAGGCGGGCUUUGGCAGGUCAAUAUGCCGAUUGAAAGCAUCCGAUGAAGCGGGCAUGCGAGCCUGGAAAAACUCCCUCAUUCACGAACUGAGGACAAACGAGCAAGGCCAUUUCCGUACAAAGCACAAGGCACUGGCGGUGCCAGACGACUUUCCGAGUCUAGAGGUCUUGCGAUACUACACUCAUCCGGUUGUUUCGCAGUUAUCCAACCUGGAGUCGGUGCGGCAAAACUUGCAACGCAAACACGAUCUGCAUCUUGACGCCUUGAGGGAGUUCGCCCGAGAGACGUUUGGCUGGGAUUUCCGGAUAGGAGCUGUCAAGUUUAUUCGAGUCUUGGGCCAGGCUCUUCUCGUUCACAACAUGUGUCAGCAGCAGGAAGACAGCCAACACUACGUGAAGCGAAUCUCUGGACGACGACAACAUUUCUCCACGGACGCCACGUCCGAACUUCGAAUGGCGUAUGUUCCAUCAGAAGUCGUCCCAAUCGACUUAUCAAAAGAAGUGGAAGAAACUAUCUCCUCCGGCCGCGACGGGCUAGCCUUGAACAGUGACGUCGAGUUUGAGGCUCCAUCCACUGCCGUCGACGCUGGCGAAAGACUCGAUGCGGCAACCGGCAAGACUUUCGACGUGACGAAGCCUGAUCUCGCUUGGGUCUUGGAAGGCGUUGCAAGAAAAUCUAUCCCCAAGGCGGUACAGGAGUGGGAAGAAGCAAAAUCGGGCAAGGCCGCUCGCAAGCCGCCAGCAAAAAGCAAGGCCGGCACCAGAACCAAGAAGACACCCGCCCUCGCAACAACCCUCUCCGCCCUCCGCGAUCGCCGUCUCCGCGCCAACCAAAAAGCAGAGCACAACGACGAGACACCCGGCUGCAUCUCGGACAUCUACGCUGAAACAAUCAUCCAUGGACACCCGCGGGAGCCCUUGUCUUCGCUCUUGUCUCAGGCCCAAGAGUCGCCCGGCAAACGGCGGCAUCAGGGGCAAAGCCAGAGGUCAGGGUUCAGCCCGACCCCGAGUCCCACGAGGAAGAAGAAGCUCCUCGUGCCUCGCACCUCGGCAGCCGGCUUCUUUGGCGUGGUGGAAGUAGAGGCCGAGGAACGCGAGCGGAAGAUGCCGCGGGAGACCGACUCGCUGAAGAGUAGCGGCGUGAGGGCCAGGGCAGUCCGGUGGAGCGACGUUUCGGUCAUUGACUUGACGGGAGGGGACUGA